UCCCACACAAUUCUAAAGAUCUCCUACACCUAGAGAUUAAAGUGACAAUGAUAAUACGCCUGUGCUAUGGCAGACGGGUACAAGCUUCUUUAAAACUUAUUGCCUGCAUAUUAAUUGCGGUUUUCUAUUUUGCAUUCCUGUUCCGGGAAUCGUUAAAUGCCUUCGAACAAAACAAGGAUAAAGCCGAGGCAGCAGCGGCGGCAGUGGGUUUAAUACAAAAUAAUAAAGCCGAGGUAAAAAAUAUAUCUAGUUUUCUUUAUUUACAGCAAAAAAUUUCCUUUGCUAGUGUUAAACACUAUCAAAAGGAUUUGUUUAGCAAAUCCGAUGAUUAUGCGAUUGCUGUUAAAUCAUCUUUACCACCGGUCGUAACGAGUACUUUAAAUCCUGUUUAUGAGUAUUCGGAGGAAAUUCAUAGUGCCACCGAAAAGGAUUUGAAAAAACGCCGUCUACAUGCUCAAGAAGUUUGUAAGCGACAUAAUUUAGAAACGAUUUACCCACCGAAUCCCCGAGAGUUUUUCAUUUCGCCUGGCCACAAUUUAGUGUGGUGUAAUGUUUUCAAAGCGGCCAGCAGUACCUGGAUGUAUUAUUUCAAUAUAUUGGGUGGCUACGACAUCAAGUAUUUACAACGUACCGAAUUUCAACCUUUAGAACUGGCACGUAAGCGGUUUCCCAGACCCUAUAUGCAAGAUCUGGCCGAUGCUUUGUCUUCGUCAUUAUCAUUUCUGUUCGUGCGGGAUCCCUUCGAACGAAUCGUAUCCGGCUAUCGCAACAAAUUGGAGGGUGGCAAGAAUACCUACUACAAAACAUUGGCCAGACGCAUAAUAACCAGAUUUCGUAAGCAUCCUAUAGCCGGAGGGGGACGCGGCAAGUCGGGACCCACAUUUAAUGAAUUCGUACAAUACUUGAUCGAACAGCACGAGCAAGGCAAGCCAUUUGAUGAGCACUGGUCACCGAUCUAUAGCUUUUGUACACCCUGCAGUAUUAACUUUACAAUAAUUGGGAAAGUAGAAACAUUUAAUAGAGAUUCGGAAUUUAUUAUACGACAGGCCGGUUUGGAAUCACUAUUACUGGGUAAAUUGCCAAAAAUAUUGUCCAGGAAAAUUGGCAAUUUAUCGAAAGGAGCAAAAACCAAUAUUUCUUUGGAAAAAUACUUUGCGGAAAUUUCACGCUCAACUCUAGACCAAUUACUAAAAAUUUACAAAUUAGAUUUUGAAUUAUUCGAUUACGAUUACACAAAGUAUUACAAAUAUGUCAAUAUGGAUUUAGAAACACUUAACCCGACCACCUUCAAAACCCAAGAAAGUUCUACAAAAACCGAAACUUAAAUCCAAAACAAAAACCAACAAAAGUUUCAUUUAAAAAACAAAAAAAAAACAAAAUUACACAAGUAUUAAAAAACAAAAAUAUUUUCAUAAAUUCUUUUUUACAACCAACUACGCCCACCCAAGUACCUCUCUUCAAAAACAAACAAAAUAUAUUUAUAAAUAUUUAAAAAACAAAACCAAAAAAACUAAUUACAAUUUCACGAACCAAAGAGCAAUCUUCGAAAUAUAAA